CUCCUUUAUGCUGAUUUCUAUUGAAGAUUCUCCAGUCCAUCAACAUGACUACAAGCACCUUCCUUGACACCCAUCCAACUCACUUUUCUAUCUGAUGUUAAGAAAUAAAGUCUUUGCUUUCCCUCUGUGAUGGAAGAUUCAGCAGUUCACAGGAACUGAGAUUAAAGCUGGCCCUGUCCUGGCAGUCCCGUGAGUAACCCUGGAAGUCUGGAGGACAUCAUCUUCCCUCGAGACUUCCUUUGAGGAGCAGCUGCUUCUGCCCCAUCCAGAUCAGUGGGAGACAAUGAGGAAAACAUAAAUGGAAACAUAAGAGGAGAAGUUAGAGCCCAUUUUGGAUUCUUGACUUGCCUUCUGAAGAGAUAGCUAGAGGACUAAUGAAACGAACAGUAUGUGCAAAAUCAAUAUUUGAGUUGUGGGGUCAUGGGAAAUCUGUAGAAGAACUGCAUUCUUCACUGAAGAGUUAUCCAGUAGAGAAAAUGGCCCCAUAUUUACAGUCCAACUUCACCUACAAAAUAAUAGUCUAUGCUUUUAACAAAACACUAACACAAACACAGAAGAUUGAAAGAAUGGAUUCUUUACAGUUUUUACCAUUUAAAGGACGUGUAGAUUUAAAGAAUCCAGACCAUAUAUUUUGGUUUCUAGAAGAUCAUGGAAAUAAUCUAGGCAACAGCACAGAACAACCUAUUGGCUUGUACUUUGGGAGAUGGAUUGCCAAUGGACAAAGGGACCUUAUUGAAUCCUACAGUGUUAAAAAAAGACAUUUUAUUGGGAACACAAGCAUGCAUUCCGGCUUGGCUUUUAUCAUGGCAAACCAUGGAAAAAUAAAACCAAACAACAUUGUGUUUGAUCCUUUUGUGGGAACAGGUGGACUUCUUAUAGCUUCUGCACACUUUGGAGCAUAUGUCUGUGGCACAGAUAUAGAUUAUAACAUAGUACAUGGGUUGGGCAAGGCUAGUAGAAAGAAUCAAAAGUGGAGAGGACCUGAUGAAAAUAUUAGAGCCAACCUUCGCCAGUAUGGUUUGGAGAAGUACUACCUUGACGUAUUUGUUUCUGAUGCAUCAAAACCCAUAUGGAGGAAGGGAGUGCAGUUUGAUGCAAUCAUUACAGACCCACCAUAUGGCAUUCGGGAAGCCACCAGAAAAAUUGGUUCACUAAGGGAAACAGUGAAAAUGACUGAAAAAAGCACUGAAAAUCACAACCUAGUUUCUUCAAAUUAUCAACUGAGUGAUAUAAUCUUUGACCUGUUAAAAUUUGCGGCGGAUUAUCUGGUGCGUGGAGGAAGAUUGGUCUACUGGCUGCCUGUGUACAAACCAGAAUAUACAGAAGAGAUUAUACCUCAGCACCCUUGCCUGAAACUCGUUAGCAACUGUGAGCAGACGCUUUCCAACCACACAUCAAGAUACCUGAUAACCAUGGAAAAGGUGAAAGAAUUUGAGGAGGAAGAUCAUAAUUCUCACACAUUGGAUAGCCAGUAUCUGCUAUACAAAUGUCAUGAUUCCUUUCGUGAGAAAUAUUUCAGUGGAGUGACGAAGAGGAUUGCCAAGGGAAAAAAAGACAGCCAAAAGUAAUCUAUUUGGAAAGGAAAAAACGAAAGCAAAGAACGCACAAGGCUUGUAUUUGACUAUUAAAACAUCUGGACCUCAACAUUAUAUAGAAGCUUCAGAGAACAAAUACUGUUUUUAAUUUUUUUUUAAACUCAAAGCAAAAACCACAACAUAAGUGAAGGACAGUUCUUUUUCAUUAACUUUGUUUAUACCAGAUUAUUGCACAAGGAUUUUUUUUACCUUUAUUUAAUUUAUUUUAGGACUUCAAGUUCUAAUGAUAAUUGAUUACAACCUUUAUCGCUGUUAGCUUUUUAGUCUAUUACCUCUAGCAAAAAUAAAAACUAUUGUUUGGCUUCUUAAGCUGUGAACAUCUGGAAAUCUUAGGGAUAAUGCAAUGGUAUUUUGGCUUAAAAAUUUUUUUUACUGUUGUGAAGAUCAAUUUCAGUUCCCUUUAUUCGUUUGUAACUGAUAUACAAUAAAUGCAGAAAAGUUUGUUCUGAAUUUUAAAAUUA